UGUCCAUUGGCACUGUAGGUGCGCGGCAUGGAUCAGUCGCUUCUGUAGCAGUAGUACCAAUAUAAAACUCGUUGGGUGCGCUUAAAAGUGUUACACGAAGUAUCGAACUCGUUCAGUUCGACGCACGUUCGACUUACGCCGAAAAGCAAGAGUAAAAGAGAUAAAUAGAGAAAGAGAGAGAGACAGACAGACAGACAGACAUAAUUCAAAGUCAAGAGAAAGCGACCGAAAAAAAAAAAAAAACGGAAGUGUCCAUAGGAUCCAAUCAAUUCGUUCGUUUUUUUCCUUUCGGUCGAGAGUGUAUUUACGAAAUUUCUUCCACACCUUUCUUUUCCUCAUUUCGUUCGUUAUUACAACGAAGUACUAAAAGAAGAAGAAUAAGAAUAAGAGGAAGAGGUUGUUCCGAAAAAUAGUAAAAACGUCUGUGAAAAAAACAUCUCAUCUGCUAGCCCCGCUCUGAUAGCUCGUCCUGUCUCAUCAUCAAACAGCAACACCAACCAACCAACCAACCAACCAACCAGUAGAUUAUUAUUUUUCUUUUUAAACCGUUGUAACUAAACUCGGAAAACACGAAGUUCCUCGAGGGUAGCUCGACCUUGGGCGACGAAGGGAGAGCAAUGAAGACAUCCACCUUAUCUUCCAACGAUCCGAUCAAGCAAGAGAUACGAGAUGCCUGCAAGGGUCUGGUUCUCUCUAAUGAUCAACUCAAAAUGGUUAUGGAAAGGCUCUUAAAAGAGAUUAAUAGAGGACUCGCAAAGUCGACUCACGAGGAAGCCAUUGUGAAAUGCUUUACCACAUACGUACAGGAUCUUCCAAAUGGCACAGAAAAAGGUCACUUUUUGGCAUUGGAUUUGGGUGGUACCAACUUUCGUGUUUUGCUGAUCACACUGGACGGCAUGAGCUUCGAUAUGAAGAGUAAAAUCUAUGCAAUACCACAAAGUCUUAUGUUGGGUACUGGUACUCAAUUAUUCGAUCAUAUCGCACAGUGUCUAGCUUUGUUCGUGAAUGAUCUAAAUCUCCAGAAUGAAAUACUACCACUCGGUUUUACCUUUAGUUUUCCAUUGUCUCAGUACGGUCUAACAAAAGGCCACCUUGUAAGAUGGACAAAGGGCUUUAAUUGUAGCGGAGUUAUAGGCGAGGAUGUAGUCGCUCUGUUAGAGGAAGCCAUCGGAAGAAGAAAUGACGUCAAGAUCGAUGUUUGUGCCAUCUUGAACGAUACCACUGGUACCUUAAUGUCCUGUGCUUGGAAGAAUAGAAAUUGUCGCAUUGGCUUGAUCGUUGGAACCGGAACCAAUGCUUGUUACGUUGAGAAAACGAAUAACGUUGAUUGUGCAAUUCCUGGAAAUUACUCGGAGAAUAAGCAACACAUGUUGAUCAAUACAGAGUGGGGUGCUUUUGGCGAACAAGACACUCUCGACUUUGUUCUCACAGAAUUUGAUCGUUCGAUCGACGAGAAAUCGAUCAAUCCUGGAAAACAAUUGUUCGAGAAAAUGAUAUCGGGUAUGUACAUGGGCGAACUUACGAGGCUCGUUCUUGAAAAGCUUGUUAACGAUGGUCUGCUCUUUGGUGGCAAAUGUUCGAGUGAUCUCAAAAAGAAAGGCAAAUUUUUCACCAAAUACGUAUCAGAAAUAGAAAAUGAUCCUAAAGGUAAAUACACGAAUUGCCGUGAUAUCUUGAUGGAAUUAGGUCAACGUAAUGUUUCGGAUCAGGAUUGUGAGAACGUUAGGUAUGUUUGUUCGGUUGUUUCGAGGAGGGCAGCUCAUCUUGCUAGCGCUGGUAUCGCUACGCUUUUAAAUAAAAUGGAUGAACCUCACGUAACCGUUGGUAUCGACGGUUCGGUCUACAGAUUUCAUCCCCACUUUCACGAUCUUAUGACCGCAAAGAUCAGUGAAUUGACGAAUUGUCCAUUCGACCUAAUGCUCUCAGAAGACGGAAGUGGUCGUGGUGCGGCGUUAGUUGCCGCGGUGGCCUCGCAAAAAAUGUGAAGACUUUGGCUGUGCCACAUCAACUACUAAGCAUAUAUCAAAUUAUACGAAGUAAUGAUAACGAUUUGACACGAGCCGAUACUCGAAACACACGUAUACAUACAGAAAGAUAAGAAGAACACGUAAUUUACGCACGUAGCAGAUUUACACGGAUACAUAUGAAGAGAGUGAGAGAGAGAGUGAGAGAGAGAGAGAGACAGAGAGUGAGAAUGAGAGGGAGAGAGAGAGAGAGAGAGAGAGAGAGAAAAGUCUUGUACAUAGAGCACAAAAGUAGCCUAGAUCGUCAGCCAUAACAUGGCAAGGGCUAGCCCGUGAGAGAUGAUUAUUAGUUUAUAAAAAACAAAAAAGAAAGAAAGAAAGAAAAAAAAA